AUGAAUAAUGAAUCAUCAUCUGGGAAAUUGACCACUGAAAGUACUUCGAAUGGCGAACAAAUGACUGUGAAAAAUGAAACCGCAUCAGCUGAAAUCAAAAAGUUAGAAGCGUCUGCGGUAACAACAUCAACAAGAGAUAGCGAUAGAGAAAAACAAGCUGAGCCAGAAGAAGAUGCUAGAACCGGAGUAUUGCUCAUUCCUUCGGUACCAUCGGCAGGACACGAUGACGACAAAAAAACAAUCAAAAAAGAAGAAAAACAAUAA